CCCCUCAUCCCCCCUUAGUCCGUCUGGUACUGGUGUGCAUUCGAUUUGGUCGGGGGCACUGUGCGGUUUGAUCAGGGGUUUUUUUGGGGGGCACAGUGACCCUCGCUGGUGGGUUGAUGCUCGUGGAUUUGGGAGGAAUCGGAGGAUCGGUGCGCGAGGUUUGGUGUUCUUUCGCUGCUGCGUCGCGGUCAAAGUAAUCGUAAUGGGGGAUUUGGGGUCGCUGAUCGUUCGGCGCCGUCUUAAUUACCUGGAUUAGUGCGAUUUGAGCGGCAUGGUGCAACGAUUCUGCGCGGGGAAGCGUGGUGGUUGCUGGGGUCUGCAAGUGCCCCGAAUCUCCUAAUCCACGGUGGUCUCUUCACCUCAUUUUUUUUAAAAAAAAUUGCAGUCCUGACUCCCGUUUCCUCUGCCUGCAAUGGUUCCCGAAAAAAGGCGUGCUGCAAUCACAGUUGAUUGCUCAGUGAUCGGUCUGCAGAGCUGUUUGCUUCCUCUCUAUCAUCUAAUCCCACCGGCUUUUUUAUGGAAUAAUUCAAAUCCCAGCGAUGCGCCCCUUGUACCUCUUCAGUGAAUUGAUACAAUCCCAAAUCCAUUGCUAACUUCAGCUUCUGCAGAUAAGUCGUGGAUAUGACUUGGUAUGGUUGGUCUUUGAUUAGACUGAGCUAUUAAGGUCAUGUUGUUUACGUGGAAACACAUUCUCUGCAAAUGGGGAAUGCUCCUGAUCCUGCUGAUCUCAGUUUCGAAGCUUGUUUUGUCUUAUGGUCAUGUUUAGUUGAUAUCAAUCAAACAAUCGUUAGUGUCAGAUGGUACUUGCAUCACUAUGUCUCAGCUAUCUACAUGUUAUCAAUCUGUUUUAACCCAUUGCUUCUUUUACCCCAUCUGUGAAUGGCCAUUCUCCACUUGCAACAAUAUGUCACUAUGGUUCAGCUUAUACCUGGAUCUUCCUUUCCAACUGAAGCUCUCUGACUGUAUGGAUGGCUAGUUGGCGUCUAACUGUUUAAGGAAUCGGUUUCCCUGUCCCAGUUUUACUUACUAUUAGUUUAGGGACUCCACACACAUAUUUGACAUACCAGUGAAAGUGUUUGAGACUUACUUUCAAUCCACCUUGAAGCACAUUCAUGGGCGGUGCUUUUGACCUCUAGAGUUAAUAGUUUGGAAAUUCUUUUCUGCAUCUCCCUUUCUGUUUAUUAGCAACGCAUCUUUUGUAACAGAAGCCAGCAAAUAUAUUUACUCUCAAUCUGAACGUCAUGUAUCUCCACUUAUCUAUCUGUGAUGUGACGAUUUAUGAUUAUGUUGAUAUUUUUUGUCACAGUUCCUUGUAAACAACAUGAAUACUCAUAAUUUAGAUUUUAGAAGCUAUCCACUAGGAAUAUAGUUCAUGCACCUCUUAACGUAUAUUGGAUCACAAGAUAAAAAUCAUAUGUAUGACUCGCGCUAUGUCUCAGACUUCAAAUGUACCUUCUUCCUGUGACUCUUCCACAGCCAUUAAAUUAUUGAAGACACCCUUUGAUGGUUCAAUCCAUGUUGGGACUCUAUAAGUUCCAUCAGGCAAAGAACAUAUAAGUUCUACAUUCAGUUUUUCUUUAGAAGUGGAAGUGUUGAAUCUGUUAAAGGUACAACACUGUUUGUCCUUUGCUUUGAUGGUAAUGCAUGAAAUUCGAAGUUACUAGCACCAACAUGUCUUCCGCAUCUUCAGGUUAGUGAGAUCUGGCCUCCACAAUAGUCCACCUUGAAAGCAGAGAGGCUUAUUAGAGUUGGAGUUCAAUCUUUGGGGACAUAUUGAUUCUGUUAUUUGUUUUGACUUCAAUUUGGGGGCAUAUGCGGGCUUUAGAUUGGGAGGAACUUCCGUUUCAACGAUAAAUAUGAUGGUGAGGUACUCAGGUUAGUGAAUAGUUUCAGAAUAUUGCAGCUACAUAUUUGUGCUGGUGAAUAAGGUAUCAAGUCCUGGUGAGAUUUUCUCUCCCCUGGAGUCCAUGCCUGAUGUGAGCAUUUCCUUCUCUCUAGCUCCUCCAGUUUGUUUCUCUUCCAUGGUCCAAAUAAAUCUUGAACCAAGGUUAUUCCAAAAAAAAACUUGAAACAAGGAAAGUGUGCUUCUUUUGGAGAAUCAUCUAGCUAUCAGUUCAGGUAUUUGUAGUGUAUUAUUACUUCGAUAAUUUGAAUUGUGCUACUAAUGACAUUGCAGGUACUAGUUGAACGCUGCACUAAAAAUGGAGUUUCUUUUCUUGUUUGACAUCUUGAUUUCAAGCUCUCAUUAAAUGUCAAACAAAUGGGCAAAAUUUUGGGCUGCUUGAUUAGUGUGUUGCAGUGUUAAGUGAUGGAUACUGAUGCGGCAAAUGAGAUCCAGUUGGUCUAGGCCUUCUGAGGACCAAUGUUUUGUCCGCAGUAAGAGCAUAUGUUCAACAUCGCUGUUGGACUUGUGUUACCCUUAGGGUGAGAGAUGGUGACUUCUCUUACGAGAUUGUAACAGCUUUUUAACUGCAGAAGAGAGGCCCUCUAAUGUGAUUUUUUGAAGACCCAUUGCUGCUAACUAAACAUCAUUCUGAGGACUGGAAAAGGUGGACCAGUGCCACUCUUAGCACCUACCGCCUCUUUAGCCCAUUGGUGGUUUGUAUGGUGAAAUACAUUGCUCAAGUAUAAAGACGAGAAGCGUAGUCGCAUGGCACACUGUUAACUUAUGCGAGAGCUGGAGAGGGAUAUCGUGAUCCGUGGAAGUAUUGGCCAGAGCAGCAUGAUCACCCACUAGUCCUGAUUUGGGUGAUUGACUUACGGAUAGAUUGGUGUAAAUUUUGGAAAAGAACCUUAAACGGUUGUGUUUCAUAUCAAAUUAGUUGAUCUGAAGAUCCUUUCCAAGUAAAAAAAAAACAGCUUAUCACGUAGAACGGGCUGGUGCAAGGGUAGCUGGGCCCAUGAAGUACCAGUUUAUUUUGAUCACUGGGAGAACACCAUUUGCAGAUAGCCAUUCAAUGUCAUUGAAAGGAAAAGGAGGCUAGUUGAAAUAGGUCAAUUGAUGGUGUUGGAAACAAGGUGCAUUUAUUCUAAGCAGAACAAAAAGGCACCACAAUAUCAAGGCGGAACCUUAGCAAUCUUGUGCAUCUGGCAUUUAUUUACAUGGCAUUUGUGCACCUGACAUGCUAAUGCAAUGUCUACCUGUCUUCAUGAAUACUGGGGCUUCUGGAGCUGAUAGCUAGCACUAUAACUUUCUGCCUUACAUAUCCAUUUUCCUUCUCAUUUUAGAGUUGUAUAAUUUAUUAAUUUCUCUCCCUGUGACUUAGCUCAUUCUGAUGGGCCUUUUUCAUGGCAUGUAAAGAUCGAAGAUCUGACUGGAUUUUUAUCCUUGAUAGAAUGUAAUAUGAACUGUAUUGUUUGAGAAGUGCUGCCAUAUAAUUUAGUUGUACAUUUUUUUUUACUUCUUUGCCUAGCUGUAUUACCACUGGUACAGAUGCUUUCAGUAGGGUUUUGCCAUUUAAGAUUGGUCCUUUCACUUGGUCAGAGUCCUGAUGUAUGUUUGUACUGCUUUGCUUAAAAAUGUUGCAAGGCUAGUAUCUUUAUAGGUUAGGUAUUAGGAUUUUCGUAGUUCAUACUGAACCAUUGCAAUAUCAUCUGUAAUUUGACCCUAAUAUCAAUAAAUCAUAUAGCUGCUUAUCUAGUGUUUGUUCUAUCGUUCGGAGAUAAAAUGGUUGCAGUCUUGAUAUGCUCCUUAUAACUAUUUUGUCUAAAACCUGUCUAACUUUGUAAAUAGUGAGGUAUCAAUUCAUCUCUUUGUUAUCUUCAAACAACCAUACUUUUGUUUAUAAAAUAAUCAUGAACAACCAUAAUAGCAACAGUUACUAGUCAAUUAUUUCACUCAAUUUAUGUUGCUACAUUUCUGAUUGGCCUUUUAGUUUCUUUUUUCUUCCAUUAUUUGAAUGCAAAUAAACUUUUACAAAAGAUGAAAUUUAAGUGUGGCUUUAGCUGAAGUAUAAUAUUUUAGGUAGACUUCAGAUGAUACACAGAGUUUCUCUUCAACUUACAUAUACAUUAUUAGCAUAACAUAAGUAUCCAACAAAUCAGUUGCAGAACUUGGUAAUCUAAAAGUUAAUAGAUUAUUUUGUUGUAUUAAAAGGUAGAAAUUUCAACUAUUCAUAUGGCCUAUCAUUACCUACCAGGCUCAGAUAUUGCCAUUCCUAAAGCUCUAGGAAAACAUUUCUGCUACUUGUAUUGAGGGCUAAUGUCGGGUUUCCAUUGGGCUUUUGACAUCUAAAAUGUGUGACUAAUAUCACAUCUUGCGGUUCUAAGGUUUGAAUUAUCCUUAAUCUAUUCCAUGAGCUUAAGCAUUUGUAAUUAUAUGUAUAAUUUAUUUUCUUUUUUAUUAGCAGCUACAUCAUCAUAUGCCCCUGCAAUUUAUUUCACUGGAACACUAAUACUGUAUCUAUGUAAUUUUCCAGGUUAAAGGAAAUCUAAUCCUGCUGUUCAUGUGCUAUGGCGGGACAUCAUCAUAACAACACACAUAUGCCCAGGAUGGAUCAGGUGAACCGGUUUCAGAAUGAACCACCGCCUUUUGGUCCAAAGCUAUUUAUGCACCCUAGAAGUGAUGCAGCAAAUGCAUCAAGUUAUGGGGGUGCAACAAUAAGAUCAAAUGAGCUUCCAUCCUCAAGUCACAUUGGGCAACCUCAUACCCAGCCGAUUGAAGCCCCUGGAACCAUGCUUGCAUCCUAUGCUGGCUAUCCUCAUGCUGGAAGCUCCAGUAGCACCUAUGCACCACAUAAUACUCAUCACCCGCCUGCUUUGAGCUAUCCACAUAGGUCUGAGGAUUGCUUCAUUCCAAGUUCCCAUAUGGAUGACAGAAGGGUUGCACAGAAGCGGAGAAACCCAAUUAUUCAUCCAAUGGAUGGAGCCAGUGUUGGGAGCUGUUAUGCUGCUAGUUCAUCCAAUCCUCAGUUCCCUCGCUACAUGCCUCCAAAUCCUAUUCCUGUUCCUGAACCCUGCCCUCCUCGAAUACCCCCAAAUAUGGGUUCAAGCUAUUGGAGUGAUCAUUGCUUUGGUAAUCAUGGAGGAUCUCAGAGGAAUGUAAGAGGGCGACAUGAUCACAAUUCUAUUCAUUUGGGAUACAGUCCUGCUGCAGCUUGCUCAUCAAGCAGCACUCAUGGACCACCACGCCAUGCUAAUGCAAUUGGUCCUUCUCUAAGUACAGCAGCGCCUCAUGAUAGAGCUCCUUUUUCUGUACCUCCAAGAGUUGUUCCCCCAGGGACUGAUGGUAACUCUAGCAUGGCAUUCAGAGAGAGGCCAUACUAUCCUGCUCCACAGAGGACCAACGUAAAUGUCCCCCCUGUUCCGACACUUCCUGGUUCUUCUGAUAGCAUACCCUUUUUGCAUGGGGGAUAUGCCCCCAGGGCAGUUCCUCGUAACACCAUCCGCUCUUAUCCCGCCCCAGCAUUUGGGUCUUCCUCCAACUCUGCUGCGGUCUCUCAUGAGCCUGCUAUCCCUAGCUACCCACCUGCUGUCACUAGCUACCCACCUGCUACCUCAGCAGCAACAUCAAGUGCCCCUCCAUUUCAUGCUGAAGUUGCUGCAUCUUCGAGACAUCUGGGGCAUGUGGCUCUAGGCCCCAGUGGUAGUGCUAGAAGUAGAAGGCUGAGGGAUUCCUACCAUGCUUUCCAUCCGUUGAUCAUCGAGGAAAAUAAUUUGAGAGGAUCAGCAGCCGAGCGGUUUAUGAUGCUGGACCAGUUAGUUAUCCAUGAAUCAAGAGAAGAUUCUGAUCCUCACUGGGACAUGAGAUUGGACAUUGAUGACAUGAGUUACGAGGAACUGCUGGCUCUGGAAGAACGAAUAGGCAAUGUCAACACUGGUUUGGCUGACGAAAAAAUUUCAAGCUGUGUGAUGGAGUUAUCCUGCUGCAGCUCUGCUCUUGCCCAGGAUGCUAAGGAGAACGAAAGAUGCGUAAUUUGCCUGGAGGAAUACGAAUUCAAGGACUAUAUGGGGAAGCUGAAAUGCGGUCAUGACUAUCACGCCGACUGCAUCAAGAAGUGGCUGCAGGUGAAGAACAUCUGCCCAAUCUGCAAAGCUUCUGCGGCUGAUGACAGCGGAGGGACUGAAUGAAACGUCCCUUUUGCGCCAUUUAUCCUAGCUCAGGCCCAACUGUAUCUAUUCACUGAUCCACUUUGUCUGUGUAAAUAAAUGGUCCCUAAACGGAAUUAUUUGUGAGCCGGAUUUGAACUCGACAUUGUGCCCAGAUGUAAAUCUUAAUCCUCAAGCUAGUUGUUUAUCCAUGGCUGCGUUGCAUUGUUCA